AUGGAGAAGUUCUCAAAUUGGAGAGACAGGGCAACUGGUUUAUCACCAUUUAUGCCGAUCCCAUUCCCCAACUCCACAAAAAACAAACCAAAGUCCACGAACAAUUUAUUCCCAACUGAUUUCAUAUAUCGAUUAGUGCUAUUCUGUACAAAGUUACCCAUAUUCUUAACCAAGUUACCUUUUUUUACCGUUGCUUCGAUACUAUACACUCUAACUGGACUCCACAUAUUUUUGAAAUUUAUAUUCACCUUUUUAUUUGGAUUUAGUCCCAUUGAAUACGCAGUUGACGGAGUCAAAUCAUCUCAAGUCGACAAAUUGAAAAGCUAUAAACCUCAACGAGGUGAUUUGGUGAUUGCCAACUACACAUCGCCAUUGGACGGAUACAUUCUUGCCCUGAUUUCACAAACAUCCAGAAUUACAAUUCUCGUGCCUGACAAGCUGGGCAACUUGUAUCAGUACUCACCAUGGACUUUAAUUGAUCAUUGUGUAAAUCAAAUCCAAGGUCCUCCAGUCGAUGACGUGUCGAAGCUCAAGAAUGAAAUUGUGGUGUUGUUGUUGGAAGGUACCACUUCAAACAAUACCGCUUUGUUGCCAUUUAUAAAGUUGAGCUCUAAAUAUUCAUGGGAGUCAUUCACCAGAGUCAAAUCGGUUGUUAUUAAGUUGUAUCCUACUUAUUUCACUUUACCUAUUCCCAAUUGCUCAAGUUUGUAUUACCUUUAUCAAUUGUUUACUGAUUUUGGGAGAAAAUACACUAGAGUUAAGGUAUAUGAAUUUGACAACAGUAUCAGUAGUACAGGGCAGUUGGAUUUGUCAAAGAUUAGACGAUCAUUUGAGUUGAAUUCCUUGAGUUUGAUCAAUCAGGAUUUGAGCAUUGAUGCCAAGGCUAGAUUUAUUGACUAUUAUUUCAACCAUGGUGUGAAGUAG